GUUCCAGUAUGUGCACAGUGUAGAGCAAAAAUCUUAUCAAGUAGAUUCAAUUUUAGUGUAUUUUUAUAAUAGUAUUUUAUAUAAAAUUUUGUGAUUUUUUACGAAUUAUUGUUAUUAUUAUUAUAACGUUUUGGUGUUUUAGUGCGUGCGUGUGGAUUAAUGAGUGUUUUUUUUUUCUAUAAUGGAUUUUAAUUAUUGGAACCUUUUGGGUACUUAAGUGUCGGCUGGAGGAAUAAAAAAUGGUACUCAUUUCUGAACAAAGUCCUAUUUCUGGAAAAGAUGGUACGUUUUUGGCAGCUUUCGCAGGGAUUGGUGCCAUUCUACUUGUUAUUCUGCUCUACAUCAAAAACAGAUGGUGGUGGGGUACCGUGCGUGGGGUGACCCUCACCUGUUGUGACGAACCUUGCCCACCAAUCGCCACUAGAGCUGUUCCAAAUCCUACUUUGGUCGCUACGCAUAAUAAAACUAAAUUGGUCAAAACAUUCUCCUUUGAUGGUGCAGACUCUAGUUCUGAAUCCGAAAUAGGAAGUCGUAAAAAUUCUUCAGACAUUCCGCCACGUCAUGACCUAAUCUCGUUGGUGGAGAAGGGUCGAAUGGGGAUGAGCAGUAACAGUUCCUGCUGUAGUUCAACCACCAGUUCAGUUGGCGCAGGCGAAAAGCAUCUGCAACCGUCGACAAAAGUUACCGCUGAAGUUAAUGAGGCUUUAAAAAGAACGCCAGACCUAAUAAUUAGAGAAACAAAGAUAGACAAUCAGCGAAUUUACCAUAAUGCAAAAAUGGAACAUGCCUCGACGAAUCAAGCAGUAGCAAGCACAAAUAAAAAUAGAGACUGCAUCGUUGUGAUGAACCCAGACUGCGAAGACCGACCGAUAGAUGUUCAUCAAGAUGAUACCAUAACGAUCUCUUGUGAAGUGGCCGCUGCAACUGGUGUAAUAGACCAAGAGCAAGACGAGGGGCCCAUUAAUAGACUAGCUAAUAAAUGCGGAUAUUUGGAAGUCGCUUUGCUCUAUGAUGCUCCGAUGAGAAAAAUGACUGUGCACGUGUUGCAAGCAAGAGAUAUACCUAGUAGAGACAGAGGGCAACCUACUAAUACUCAGGUACGUUUAAUUUUAUUGCCGAGCAAAAAACAAAAGCACAAAACCAAAAUUCGCUCAGGCGAAAAUCCGCAAUUUAUGGAAAGCUUCCUUCUGCAUAGAGUGAAUCCUGAAGACGUAAAUUCGAUGGGUAUCCGUUUGCGAUUGUACAGCUGCGAACGCAUGCGUAGAGAACGUCUGAUCGGAGAAUCCGUAGUUGGUUUUGCCAACAUCAAUUUGGAGCUGGAAAAUAAUUUCUGGUUGGCUAUGGAGUCGAGGUCCAAUACUACGUUGAGUGGCUGCACUGGCGAACUAAUGAGUCUAGCCCGAUCUGAUAGUACAGGUUCCGCGCACUCAAUGCAGCACGGCGGAGUACCGGAACUACUUUUAGGACUCUGCUAUAAUGCCAUCACGGGACGGCUCAGCGCGGAAGUGGUAAAAGGGUCGCAUUUCAGAAAUCUCGCUUUAAACCGAGCUCCAGAUACUUACGUUAAAUUGAAUUUGGUAAGCAGCACUGGCCAGGAGCUGGCUCAUAGUAAGACGACGAUUAGACGAGGACAACCGAAUCCGCUUUUUAAGGAGACUUUUGUGUUCCAGGUUGCUCUGUUUCAAUUAGCUGACGUAACGUUGAUGGUGUCAGUUUACAAUCGCAAAGGUGUAACGAAAAAGAAAGAAAUGGUGGGCUGGUUCAGUUUGGGGUUGAACUCUAGUGGUGCAGAAGAACUAGCUCAUUGGAUGGACAUGAAAGAAUUCCAGCAGAACCAGAUUUGUCGCUGGCACGUGCUGGUCCAGUCAUAGCGACAUAAACAUUUGGUCAUUUUAAUUCAAAAUCUUUAAAUGUAACUAUAUAAUAUACUUAAUGUGGAAUAUUCGCACAAUUUUUAUAAUAUCUUACAUAAAUUAUUAAAUUAACUGUCUUUUUAUUGUAUAAAAAAAUAUACUCUUUAAAUAUUGUGGUUAGAUUAGUAGGUCAUUUUAUGGAUUUUCGAUUUUGGAGACCUGGGCAAAAUUAAUUUUUUAACACUUUUUGAUGGUUAUUGUGAUAAUAUAAAAAAAUUGUGAAUUUGAUAUUAAUUUAUAGGAUUUUUAAGUAUUAUAAAUAUGUAUGUAUUUGGAAUGAAGAAAAUUGAAUUUCUAAAUUUAACAGGGUGAGAUAAGUCUGGAUUGAAGAAUUUACGUGCACACAUCACCUUUGUUUUUAGUAAGUAGCUAAACUAAUUUUUUUCUAAUAAGUAAGUAGAUGAUUAAUUGAUACUUCAAGCACAAUAUUCACAUAAUUAUUCUUAUUGUAAUAAAGCUUGUGCGGGCUGGUAUCUAAAUCCCUUAAAAAAUCGGCCAUAUCAAGACGAUUUGAAAAAAUAUUUUUGUGCCCUGUCUUGUUAGACUUGUGGGUCGAUUUUUAAGGAUUUUAAUAUUCUGACCAAGCGUAAAAUUUAUUUAUUAUUAUAAGACCAUUGCCUUUCUAUUUUAUAAGCGUAUUUUAUAGGAUAAUUUUUGUACUUUGUCCAAUUUUUAUCAAAAGAUAACAUUGUAUUAUAUUAUAUUGUUGCAUGAGGGAAAAAUAAAAUCUAUAAAGCACUGCUAUCAUAACUUCUUAACUACUGCACAACUUUUUAUCUUUUUUUUGUACAAAAUAAAUAAAUAAAUUAAAUUAUUGUCAA